GUCAGAUAUUAAACGUGCUUUCGUUUUAUUGUGACGAUUACCGCUUAAACAUAUAAACCACCUUUUUGAAGUGAUUUUUGUGAUAGUCUUAAUAAACAGGUCUCCGCCUCUGUGAUUUUGAAUAUAUUGGUCAAAGGGCACCAAUGGCGUAUGCGUUGAGAUCUGCGUUCAGAAAACAGGUUCUGUUGAUACCGUUCCUGAACGCUGUUAGAGGAAUGUCUUCAUCAGGAGGACCGACACCCCCCUUCACAACCCUGUCAGUCACCCGGCCAGCUGAGCCCAUCACUCACGUCGAGUUCUGCCGCCCGGAGAAACGCAAUGCAAUGAACAAGGCAUACUGGCUUGAAAUGGUUGACUGCUUCAGUCAGAUAGCUCAAGACUCAGAGUGUCGUGUCGUGGUUUUCUCAGGUGCUGGAAAGCUCUUCACUUCAGGUAAAGCUAUCUUACCAAAUAAAAUGACCAAAUGCUAG